UUAGGUUGGACGAACAACGUAUAACACCGAUUUAACAAUGCUCUCUGAUUACUUUGUCAAAUUCUGUAACAGAACCCUUUGUCUGCGGCAGCACUAGUGUAAUAUUAGCUGUUUGCAUUGUCCGCAUGUGUAUCGAAUUAAACGCCUAACAAGCCUGUUCAUAUUCAAAAAUGUGGUCAUUACGAUCCCGCUUGGCCAGCCUGUCACGCCCGGGACGUUCUUCCCAUUCCAACCCCCUGUGAAAAUGUCUUGCUAGCCAGCUAGUAGCUAUCUACACCGCAGUUUGUGGUUGUGCGUUGUAAUGUUUAGUAUUGUAUCCAUCUCUUCACUACUAUGGCUGUACGUUGGUUAUGCAGCCUGUUUGGGAAGCCCUUUGAUGGUGGGAAGAGGAUGGACAAUGGCAGCCAGCAGCAGCACCCAGCCAUGAAUAGGCUCUAUGAGGUCCAGCGGGAGGUUCAGUCUCUGGGCCCUCAAGUGUGCACCUUCAGCGGGCUAAAGAACGAGCGGGAGUACCGGCGGCUGGAGCGCGAGCUGACCCAGCUGCUCCUGGAAGUGGACCAGGUGGACACGGAGGGCAGGGCAGACCUACAGGGGGCACGCAAGAGAGCAGCCCAAGAAGUAGAGGGGCUGUUGCGCUACCUGGAGGAGAACGCCACCCACCCGUCCCGCCUGGCCAUCGAGGAGCUGAGCAGGGAGGCCCAGAGGCUGGUGGAGCAGGGUGUGGUGGAGCCUCAGCAGGCUGGGGGCACAGCAGAGAUCAGUGAUGAGCUGGUGGAUGCCGUGCAGGAGCUGAUACUGAGGCUCACCCAGGUAAAGACAGGAGGGAGGGUGCCCCUCCGCAAGGCUCGCUACCGGGCCCUGACACGACUGUGUGCCGUGCAGGACGUGAUCGAGGGUCGCACGCGCCAGCAGACCCUUCCCCUUUCGGAAGACACACAUGUGGCCGUGCAGAGGAUCAACCAGGUGAUGGUGCAGGUGAGUGGGGCACGCAGCCAGCUGGUGGCACUGCUGAUGGGGCUGAGUGGGAGGGAUAGCUGUGCCCACCUCUCCCGUGUGCUCACUGAGCUCCUAGUGGAGCUGGAUGCCCUGGACGUGUCGGGGAAUGCAGCGGUCAGAAACUACCGGAAACAGGUGGUGGAGGAGAUCAACAGCCUGCUCAAACACCUGGACCUGGAGGGAGAGGGAGACGAUACGCGCAGGUAUGACUUGGGGCAAAAUGACUCUAUCCGUCAGAUUGAGGCGGUGCGUGGUCGGGUGGGCCAGCUGCAGGGGGAGGUCCUUCGACACUGUGGGGUGGGUGACCUCUUCAGGCCCAAGCCUGAGCUCCAGAGUCUCCUCACACAUCUGGACCAGGUAGACACAGCCCGUAACCCCUGUAUCCGUGAAGCCCGGCGGCGUGCCGUGCUGGAGGUCCAGGCUGUCAUCACCUUCCUGGACCUCCGUGAGGCCCUGAUCUGCCGCCAGCCCAGCCCCAACGAGCCUUCACAACACAGGGCUGUGUGGAUAGUCCUGGGCAGCCUGUCAGACCUCCAGGCCCAGGUACUCUGCUUCAAUGGCAAGCAGGCCGACAAGAGCUACAGGCUGCUGGAGGAGCUUCUGACCAAACAGCUGCUGGCUCUGGACGCAGUUGACCCACAGGGCGAUGAGAUGACCAAGGUGGCCCGCAAGCAAGCAGUCAAGUUUGCCCAGAACAUCCUCAGCUUUCUGGACAUGAAGACAGAUGAGUGGGAAUACUGAUCCACUGGAAAAGACUGGACGUAGCUGUAGGAUGCCCUAUGGAAUUGUAUAUAAACUGGUGCAUCAUCACUCUAAGAGAGUUGGGGUGUGUAAAUAUUGUCUAAAUCCCAGAAUGCACGGCAGCAGCGCUUUUGUCUCUUUGUCAUUGUUGCUGGCCUGUGGGGGGUGGGGGGAACAACCCAAUAACAUUUUUGUGAAAUAGAAUUUGGAGAAUAGUGUUCUGACAUACAAUGUGCUUUUUAAAGUUUACAGAGCAUCUUUUUGAAAUCUACUGUAUGUGUGCGUUUUGAUCAGUGUUGUUGUUGGGUUGUGGUUGCAAAGCCUGUGGCCAAAAGCACUGAAGCCUGUUAUAGUGGUGGUCAGAGUAGUUAAGAUAGUCACUUCGUCUGUUUUUCAAAUGCAGGAGUGGGACUAGAGUAAUUACAUCUCGAUGGUAUCCAUGUUUAGCUUGAUUACUUUGGAGGUCAGUUGUAAAUUUACUCAGCCAAAUGAUGUAUAUGAUGUCUCAAAAUACUUCUUUACUGAGAUGAACCGAGUUUACAUCAGUACUGUGAGACAAGAUUUUCCUCUAUUCAUGUUGCUUCUCCACUUCCAUUUGCUCUGUGUCUCUUCCUGGUAAUGCUUUAAUCAACACUUCUGAGGCAAACUACCCUAACCCUGGACGUACACAGCUGUUUCUGGCAACCAUUCAGAUGACAAAUGAAAAGGAGAGCUUCUUUACGGCUUUAACCACUGUCCUACAAUAAUGAGGAGAAGGAGGAUGUAGAGUUAAAGGGCCUGUGAAAACAUUUGUCAAUAGGAUGUUAUGUUAUUAAAGACCUUAUAUAGAA